AUGGACGAUAUCACGAGGCAUCGAAUUGGAAAGGAAGUUGAGCGUUUCAUUGCUUCUAUUGAUUGUUCCGUCGUGUGUGCCCUCGCGUCUUCAUUUCACCCACAAAAGAAGCCCUGCCGCAUCUUCGACGAAAAGAAAAAAGGCGCAUUCAAUGUCUGCUUUCCGGUUGAAUUCCUGGAAGACCCCGGAAAUGAGCACACGAUUCGCGAGCGAUGGAUGAUGCGAAUACCACUUCUACCACGCCUAGCGUUUCCCGACGAAAAAAUUCGAGCCGAGAUUGCUACGAUGAAGUUUAUCGCCGAAAAAACGACGAUCCAUAUUCCAUGUCUACGCGGCUAUUCGAUCAGCAAGGAUAAUAUCCUAGGCCUACCGUUCAUGUUACUGAAUUUCGUUGAUGGGGAAAUGCUCAUCAAGGUGGAUCUGCUAAAGCUCCCAGCUCCUCGAAGACGCCAUUUGUAUUCACAGUUAGGGAGAAUCUACCUGCAGCUGUUCCAGCACCAAUUUGAUCAUAUUGGUGCGCUCACCCUAGACGCAAAUGAUGAUAAUUGGGUUUUUGAGAGGAAUCGCCCUCUCUCUGUUUAUAUGAAUGAACAAUCCCUUGCUGGUGCUGAACCAUGCCGCUAUAUCUCACCUAUUCAGGUAUAUCACUCAACCAUUGACUAUGUCUUCAUGGUGCAUCAAGCACUCUUGGAUGAUUUUCAUCGGGUACCAGGCAGCAUCAGCUCUAAGGUGGAUGCGCGUGCUUAUCUUUACAACAUAUACCAAUUACGUCAGUUUUUGAUGGAAUGGGUUAAGCCUGAGCUUAAUCAUGGACCUUUUGUUCUAAUGCAUGGUGACUUACGUUCUGCAAAUAUCCUUGUUGAUGAGGAUCUUAAUAUUACCUCUGUUCUAGACUGGGAAUGGACUCACACUAUCCCCCAGCAAAUGUUUGUCCCUCCAUCGUGGCUUACUGGCUGCGAACUAAUAGGAGUUACAAAACAGAUUUUUGAUUUUGAAAUGGAAACAAGCGAUGUUGAGCACACAUACCAUCCCAAAUGCUGUGAUAUUGAUGAGCUUCCACUAACAAGAUUAUGGAACAAAAAGUUUGGGUCCCCAGAUAUUUUUAUUGCUCAUGGACUGAUGCAACCUCAUUAUUUUGGGAAUGUGUUCGCUUCAGUGCUUGAUCAUGACUACUAUCGGCAAGACAUAGUUCAUAGAAAAAGAGUAGACGAGUUUUUUGCGAUGGAGAUUCGUCAACCUGAACUGGAAGCAGUACGACAGAAGCUCGACGAACUGGAGUUAUUUAAAAACCAGUGCAAUAGUCUUGGAAUAAAAAUUGACACGAAUAACUACAAUAAACUUAAAAAUGAUGUUAUUCCCUUGGGCUCGAAUCUUGAAAGUCAAGGUCACAAGUCCUCCUCGUUGUUAAAUGUUAUGAAAGGUUGGUUUAGCGGAUACAGGACGGAAUUUUCUCUUCUAGCAGGAGGGCCCAGUCCACAAUACUGGGUAGCUGGUGCCACCCUGGGGUUAGCAUGCAGCAUUAUCAUUGCAUGUCAAUGGAAAUAA